CUUCGUCUCCUGCCGCCCCGGAAUCCACGCCCCUCUCUCGCCACUAGAUUCCCCCCACCGCACGAGCCUCCUCCCACUAAAACCCGCGCCCACACGCGGCCACGCUCCACUCCACUCGCUCCCACCGCCCCGCACGAACCCGACCGACUCCACCGCCGCCUCCGCUCCUCGCCAUGCCGCCGCUCGCCCCCGCGCGCCUCCACGCCCCACUCCUCCUGGCCCCCGUCGCCACUCCCUCCCGCCUCCGCGCCUCGACCGGGCCCCGCGGCGGCAGCAGGAGAGGUGGGACCGCGGCCGCGGCGCUGGCCUCGGAGAAGCCGCCGGCGGUGUCUGUCGCGGGCGAGGAGAGAGGGGCGGGGGGUGACGGGCGCUAUGAUGCGAUUGUGAUUGGGUCGGGGAUCGGGGGCCUGGUGGCGGCGACGCAGCUCGCGGCGAAGGGGGCGCGGGUGCUCGUGCUCGAGAAGUACCUCAUCCCGGGGGGAAGCUCCGGGUACUACCGCCGCGACGGGUUCACCUUCGACGUUGGCUCCUCCGUCAUGUUCGGAUUCUCCGACAAGGGAAACUUGAAUUUGAUUACACAAGCAUUAGAAGCAGUUGGGCAUAAGAUGGAAGUCAUACCUGACCCUUCUACGGUUCAUUUCCAUCUACCGGGCGAUCUCUCUGUUCUUGUGCAUAGGGAGUAUGAUGACUUCAUCAGAGAACUGAUUAGCAAAUUUCCUCAUGAGAAGGAAGGGAUCCUUCAAUUCUAUGGCACAUGUUGGAAGAUCUUCAAUUCAUUAAAUUCAUUGGAGCUGAAGUCCCUGGAAGAGCCUCUUUACCUUUUUGGGCAAUUUUUUCAGAAGCCUCUGGAAUGCUUAACUCUAGCUUAUUAUUUGCCACAGAAUGCUGGGGAUAUUGCUCGCAAGUUCAUUAAAGAUCAGCAGUUACUCUCCUUCAUAGAUGCCGAGUGUUUUAUUGUGAGCACAGUCAAUGCCUUGCAAACACCCAUGAUCAAUGCAAGCAUGGUCUUGUGCGAUAGGCACUUUGGGGGGAUUAAUUAUCCAGUUGGUGGCGUUGGUGGUAUUGCGACAUCCCUGGCAGAUGGCCUUGUUGACAGGGGCAGCAAAAUCCGUUACAAGGCGAAUGUGACCAAUGUUAUUAUUGAAAACGGGAAAGCUGUUGGGGCGAGGUUAUCGAAUGGGAAAGAGUUCUUUGCUAAAACAGUGAUAUCAAAUGCCACAAGAUGGGACACGUUUGGAAAACUCUUGAAAGAUGAGGAGCUUCCAGAAGAGGAGAAAAACUUCCAAAAGAAUUAUGUUAAGGCACCAUCAUUCCUUUCUAUUCAUAUGGGUGUCAAAGCCUCAGUUUUGCCUGCUGGUACUGAUUGCCACCAUUUUGUACUUGAGGAUGAUUGGAGUAAUUUGGAGAAGCCUUAUGGAAGCAUAUUUUUAAGUAUCCCUACAGUUCUUGAUCCAUCAUUAGCUCCCGAAGGACAUCAUAUACUUCAUAUAUUUACAACCGCAGGCAUAGAAGACUGGGAGGGUCUUUCUAGGAAGGAAUAUGAGCAGAAAAAGGAGCUUGUCGCCAAUGAGAUUAUAAGAAGGCUUGAAAAGAAGUUGUUUCCUGGUCUUCAAGAUUCAAUAGUCCUCAAGGAGGUAGGCUCACCAAAAACUCACCGAAGAUUUCUUGCUCGAAAUGAUGGUACAUAUGGACCAAUGCCACGGGGUAAACCGAAGGGCUUACUGGCAAUGCCUUUCAAUACUACUGCGAUAGAUGGCCUUUACUGCGUUGGUGACAGCUGUUUUCCUGGGCAAGGUGUCAUUGCUGUAGCAUUUUCAGGGAUCAUGUGUGCUCACCGAGUUGCUGCAGAUAUUGGACUUGAGCAAAGAUCUCCCGUGCUAGAUGCUGGUCUUCUUGGGCUACUCAGAUGGCUGAGAACACUCGCAUAGAAUGACGUUAAACAAAGACCGAAAAUGGAAUUUACCUUCUUCCAGAAGAUGGCCGACUUCGCACAAAUGUCAGGACUCUGCACGAUCUGUUCUGUCGACCCAUACAAUGAUCUGGGGCAGUCUUUGUUAUCUAUGCCUUCUGUCUUGCUUGGAAUUGAACUCAGGAUCAUCUCGGCGGUGAUCUCCAGAAACUCCCAAAGAGAAUUGGAAAUAUGAAUAUGUGUACAGAUUUCAGAUUCUAAAUUAGGGGCAUCAGGGUCAAGGAACGGAUGCAUAUCAGCAUACAGGCCUGUGGACUUCACACACGGGAGUGAUCAGUUGUUGUGUACUGUGUACUUCAAAGCUGAUUACUUUUUCUUUGACAUCAGAGCUGUACAUUUUGGAUCAAUGUAAACCAUAUGUACGUGUCACCUACAAGGCUGCGACUUUUGAAGUUCCUUUUUUGUGAGACCCGUCAA